AUGCGUGAUAUGAACGUCAAUUACACGAAUGAUGCUGAAAAGAAUUUUAUUGCUGAACAUAUCAAGUCCAUCCAAAAUUCUAUUGUUAAAGCAAUUAUUAGUCGUAUUUUGUUUAAGGCAAAAGCUCCUGAAACCCUCGAAGAAAUGAUUGACUACUACGAAAAAUUGUGCAAAAAGGUCGCUCCUGAACUAUUGUUCAGUUACUUUGAGCGUUUGGUGUCACACUAUUUAAGUGUAGACGAGCCAAAGUUAACUGCUCCUACAACUUUAAUGAAUAGGUUGAGGAGUCCAGGCCAAUUGAUUCUCAAUGAGUCAAUUGCAAGAUUUUGCAGUCAUUUGAAUUCUGGAAUAGUUACACAGUUCCAAAUGUUUUACAAAUACAAAGCAAUAGCUAUGAGAUAUUGUGGGUACAUUGUUGGUCAAAUGAAUGACGUCCGCAAUGGUAAGCCUUUCGAUUAUGAUCGUCUUACAAAUGAAAUAGAUUUAGACCCUGUUAUUGAACAAACUGUUACUGAGAGACAUAAAGAAGAAAUUGCAAGAAUUAAAAGCAACAACUCAGUUCAGAAUCUGGUCAAUUCGAUGUAUAAUACACAUCAAAACAACAAUAACUCAAACUAUUAUAACAAUAAUGAUAAAAACAACAAAAAUAAUAAAAAUUACAAAAAUAACAAAAAUAAAAAUAACAAAAAUAACUACAAUAAAAAGGGAAAAGUAUCUAAAGUUAGUAACGAGACUUCUGACUACGAAAAGUUAAAAAGAGAUUUAGUACGCAUGAUGGAUGAUUUGCGGAAAGAAAAGGAAUAA